GUUGUUGUUGUUUUGACUCUUCUCGCUAAAAAAUAAAAUAAAUAAUGUUUGGCCGCCUACCACUUCAUCUUCUUUUCCCGCAAAAAAUAGAACAUCCAAAUCUAAACCAACUUGGAUGUGGUUUGAUCCGACCGACCACAAAAUCAGUGUCUAUAAAUACACGCCCUGUUCUAUGUUAUCUCCAUAAUUUUUAAUUCGUAUUUCAUGGAUUCCCAAUCUUCCUCUCUUCCCUCCGAAGCUCUCAACUCAUCACAAAACGUAGCUUCCUAUGCUCAAUAUGCUACUCAAAGUCAUUCAAAUUCAUACUCCAAUCCAUAUUCGCAAAACCUCACUCAAGUUCUAGCGGAAAACCGUAACCAUGAUGCCCAACCUCAGGCAUCAGUGGAGCAAAAAUUCCGAGUAUUUGUCGGAAAACGGAUUGACAAAUACUCACAGCAGCACCGACAAGGACCAAUCAGGCGGUGAGGAAGAAACCAUCAGUAGAAAGAGACGGAGGAGCCGUUGGGACCCGCCUCCCACGGAAUCAACUAAUGAUGAUGGAACCAGAAGAAAGAGGAAGUCGAGGUGGUCCGAUGAUGACCCCAAACCCGUCAUUCAAUUGCCUGAUUUCAUGAAAAAUUUCACUGGAGGUAUUGAGUUUGAUCCUGAAAUCCAAGCUCUUAAUAAUAGAUUACAUGAAAUUAGUUGGAAAUUACAAUCCGGUAUGCCCUUGGAUGAUACACCUGAACGUGCUCGUUCGCCUUCCCCUGAACCUAUAUAUGAUAAUAAGGGAGUUCGUAUAAACACUAGGGAGUAUCGUGCCCGAGAAAAAUUGAAUAGGGAGAAAGUAGAGAUUAUAACACAAAUCAUUAAGCAGAACCCGAAUUAUAAGCCUCCUGCUGAUUAUAGGCCUCCUAAGCUUCACAAGAAGCUCUACAUACCCAUGAAGGAGUACCCUGGUUAUAAUUUCAUUGGACUGAUUAUUGGUCCAAGAGGAAAUACUCAGAAGAGGAUGGAAAAGGAGACAGGAGCAAAGAUUGUAAUUCGAGGCAAAGGGUCGAUCAAGGAGGGCAAGUUCCAGCAAAAGGGGAAUUUAAAACCUGACCCUUCAGAGAACGAAGAUUUACAUGUGUUUGUGGAAGCUGAGAACCAAGAGUCACUUGAAGCUGCUGCUUCUAUGGUGGAGAAGCUCUUGCAUCCUGUUGAUGAAGUGCUCAAUGAACAUAAGAGGCAACAACUUAAGGAACUUGCUGCUUUGAAUGGAACAAUUAGAGAUGAGGAGAUUUGUAGGCUAUGUGGUGAACCAGGGCAUAGGCAGUAUGCAUGUCCUUCUCGCACUACCACCUUUAAGAGUGAAGUUAUCUGUAAAAUAUGUGGAGACGGGGGACAUCCCACUAUUGACUGUCCAGCGAAAAGUACUACUGGAAAGAAAAUGGAUGAUGAGUACCAGAAUUUUCUUGCAGAGUUGGGAGGUACCAUUCCAGAAUCAUUAACAAAGCAAAACUCGGGAACACUAGCUCUUAGCGCAGGAAGCUCAGGCAGCAAUCCUCCCUGGGGAAGCAAUAAUCAUGCUGGUGGUGCUGGUGCCACUUCUCAUUCUAGCUUACGUUCAAGUGUACUGAAGCCAAGGGAGUUUGACGAGGCAAACUUGUACAUCGGUUACUUGCCACCUACUCUUGAUGAUGAUGGUUUGAUCAAUUUAUUCUCUCCAUUUGGUAGCAUUGAGAUGGCUAAAGUUGUAAAGGAUCGUCUAAGUGGUCUGAGUAAAGGAUACGGAUUUGUUAAGUUUGUGGAUGUUGAACAAGCUAAUAGUGCUAUAACUAGCAUGAAUGGCCACCGUCUUGAAGGAAGAUCAAUUGCUGUGAGAGUUGCAGGUAAGCCGCCUCAGCCUACUGUGCCUCCAGGACCUGCUCUGGCAAUACCUUCACAUCCGGUUUCUAAUCAGGGCAUGGGCGCAUAUCCAUCCCAGCAGUAUGCAGCUGGUGGUCCCAUUGGCAAUGCUCCCCCUGGUGGCUAUCUCCCACCUGGUGCUCCAGUUCCAUGGGGACCACCUGUGCUUCCACCAUAUGCCCAGUACCCACCUCCUCCUGGCUCAGCCAUGUAUCCUCCUGUCCCAGGUCAACCCAUUCCUCCAUAUGGAAUGCAGUAUCCUCCUCCAAUUCCAGCAGCAUCUUCUGGUGCCCCUGGUCAGACUGUUUCUUCAGGUGAAAACCACCAAAGUUAUAUAUCUUCUGGUGAGACUCAGCAAAGUUAUCCUCCUGGAGUGCAAUCUCAGAGUAGCACACCUGCUCAUUCAGUUCCUACUUAUGUGUAUGGAAAUUCUGUCACUGCAAUGCUACCUGAUACUCAACCUGCUUGUCCAACAUCUUCAUACAGCUAUCCAUCUUAUUAUGGUGCUGCACCACCACCUCCUCCUCCAUCCGCAUUCCAGUCAAAUGGGAACCAUUCACAGGGUAUGAGCAAUGUUCCCUGGGCUCCUAAUCCACCCGCUCAUGCACCUCCAUCAUCUGCGGAGAAGCCUGCUUAUGGCGUGGAUGCAGAAUAUGAGAAGUUCAUGUCAGUAAUGGAGUCAUGAUGCAACUGCUGUAUCACCCUGCACUAUUAGGCUGAUGUGUUGGAACAUUUCACCUGAUUUCUUUCCUAUUGCCAUGGCUUUGUUGUUGGAAGUUUCAGUCUCACAUCUUUAACCUUGCUGUACUGUUAUGCAGAGAGAUGGGGCGUUCAGUUCAUUCAGCUUCUGUUGGAGCAUUAAUCAGUGGAUUUUGGAUAAUUAUGCUUUUUUGUAGGAUUCACUUCUGGGGAUUGCCUUCCAGUAUUGUUUUUUCAAAUUUUGUUUUAUUGAUUCGUUGGAAUUUCUUGAUGACUAAUCACUGACAUUUUGUGUGUUUCUCUCCACUUUGACUUCUUCACCACUAAUCUCCUUUGCUUUUCUCUUCUAAUUUGGUUAUCUUUUACUUUUCUGGGGUCAUCUAACUAUUGAGAGUUCAGAAAACAUCCUGAUGCUUGCCUCUGCUAUUCCUACCAAAAGGUGCAUCUUCAAAUUUUAAAGGUCCCCAGGGUAUGUGAAUUUGAUAGUGUGAUGGCUGCAUUCACAUGUCUACGAAUUAGCUUUUAUUAUUCGUUCUAAUACAUUUUCAGGUAUCUUGUGACAGGAAAAGAUGCCUUUAGUGGAAUGUUGUAUCCUGUGCUGGACUGAUUUGUGUCUGAAAUCACUUAAUCACUUUAUCUGUUGGAUAUCUUAAUUUAAACUUUAUUUUAGAAUCUCUGAUAUGUUCAUCAAAAAAGUUUUUUGUGCAGUGGGAAUUAGCUGAAGCCCAUCAGGGAGAGGUGAGGAUGAGUAGCUCAUGAGAAUGUUGAUGGUCGUUGGAUUCAAAAGAUUGCUUGCGAAUCAAAAUGGUUUAAAUUUUACCAGUCAAAAGAAUGGUUUACAGAUAUAUUGUAUAGGCAUUCACUUGCAAUUUUUUUUUAAAAAAAAACUUCUAAUCAAAACUCUCAUGUAGGCCAUAUCACUCCGAAGUUUAUAUUACCCUACCCUUUGUCUGUUCCCUUUAGAAUUUUAAAUCUUCUUUUACAGUUGUUUUCAGUGCUGAAAAAGGAGCACAUUUUGUUAAAUCUUUUUGGUCAAGUGGCUUUUUGUUUUUUGUUAUCUAAUGCUGCCACCUCUGCUAUUAAGAUAUUAUCAGCUCUUCCUUCCGUUCUUGGUCCUGCUUUGUCCCUUGUACCUUAAGUUUUGAACUGUGUCUGAUGAAAGUCUUGAUUUGUCCUAGAGGUGGAUGCACGGGAGUCAUUUUUGCAUGGUACAUUUGACAACUUGAUUUUCUUGGUUUGUGUCUCAUUUCAAAUCGGUUUUUGUUUUUGUUACUACUGACUUAAGUUUUUCUUUGAAAAUUCUGAACUUCUUGUCAUGGUGAUUGGUGGAUUGUCAUUUGAGGCUUUGGCUUUGUGUCCCAUCUUGCUUGGGAUUGAGGUGUAGUAGUUAUUGCUUUGUGUGAUAAAUGUCUCUGAUGUGGCGGAUCAUACUUUUGUCUAGGGCUUUGUUGGCGUUGAGAUGACUGGUAGCGGAACUGCUAGCCCUGUAUGGUGUUUGGAUGAUGUGUGGAAGCUUAGUAUAUGUGUUAAAAAUUGAUCUUGGCAUCCAGUAUUGUGGUGAUGGUUUUUACAACUGCUGUGCUGUUUUUGUUUCUUUUUCCUUUUUAAACCUUCUAUUUUAGACUACUGUAAGUUGGUUGUUAGUAGGGUGUACUGAUUGCAGGGAUGGCUCCCCAUUUCAGAAGGUCUCUUGAUUCGUCCUUUCAGUGUUGGACAAGUUAAUAUUAGGUGUACAGGAACAUCUAGCACUUGUUAGUUCUAAAGACUCAUUUGCAUUCUUUAGGUUGAAUUUGAACUUGUAUUCUUUUUUGGGUCCAAUUAUUAGCUGUUUUUGCGUAACUGUGCAUGGCUUUCCUUUUGUCUUCAUCCUUCUUUUCAUGAAUUGGGAUCUACUCAAGAUUGGUUUGUGAGUAAAGAUGGUUGGUCCCUGUUUUGCUUGGUUGGUCUCAUCCUCGGCCUGAAGUUCACUAGUUUUAGGUGGGUGCCUAAACUUUUUAUUUUUCUUGGGUAGUUGACCAGGCAUUUUCUUUUACUUGAUUGCAAAAUAUUUCCGCUAUCAUUGUUUUGUCUAGAAUUAGUGGGAGCUUGUCAAAUAGCUGGUGACAUUGUUGUGUUAGUUCGGCUAUUUGAUUUUUUCUCUCGGUUAAUCUUGUGCGUGAUUUUGCCAACGCUUACGACAUGCCAGAUACCAUCUAUUUGACUAGGUAUAGCUGAGUGGUAAGUUUGCGGAAGCAAAAAGAUGUUUUCAAAUACAGCAUUCUUCUACAUUUUCUACUUUGCUAUUUGUUUAUUUUGAGGUUCUUAGUGGCAAACGAGCAAGGACUGCUAGAGGCCAAUUGCUUAGUGCUGUUGCUGUUCGAUAGAUCUCUUUGCUCUUCAUGCCUGGAAUGUCCAAAUGCAGAUCAAGUGUGUGAUGCUGAUGCAACGCAGCAAAAUUUUCUUACCAGAAUGCACGACAGUUCAAUCCCACCUCUAAAUUAUAAGUUUUCUACAUAAUUGAACUAAAGGAUAAAUAGAGGGGGGAUGGUGUUGUAUAAUGCCGGAGGAGCGGGACAGAUUAUUGUUAUGCAAGUCAAGUUGUGCAGCAUUGUGGUCAUACAGUGUUGAUAUUUUAAAGCGGUUUUUCCCGAUUGUUCUGAUCUCAAUAAUUACUAUAUUAUUUAAAUUGCAAUAUAUAUAUAUAUAUAUAUAGGAGAAACAAGGUAAGUAUAUGUGGCACUUUUCUAUGACCACCAUUUCUAUUUAUCUUUUUUCUUCUUUUUUUGAAUUUUUUUCCACCAUUUUUUGCAUUGAUCAAUUUGUUUAAUAAAUAAAAAAAUUAUUAUAUUCAAUUAUAUCUCAUGAGUUACAAAAAAUCUUCAUUUAUUUACGUUAUUUAUUUAAGUAACAUGUUCCUUCAAUUUUCUUGUAUCAAAUUCUUAUGACUUGAACAAUCUAUAUAUAGACAAUGGUUUACUUAGAAGGCAAUGUUGAACUUUGUAGCCAUGGUCAAACGCAAAAGAAGAAAAUUAAAGUUAGUAAGUUUUCAAUAUACUAUGUGGUUUUGAGCACUGAACACUUUACUUUGUAUGAUUUAGAAUUGAUUGAAUUUUACAAAAUUUUUCACAUUAAAGUUAGUAAGUUUUCAAUAUACGUGGUUUUGAACAUUAGACUUUUUACUUUGUAUGAUUUAGAAUUGAUUGAAUUUUAGUGAAUAUUUCACAUUUAUAAUCAUUUGCUAAUCAUAUAAUCAAGUUCAAUGAAGUUCAUAUUUUCAUUUUCUUAUUUUGUAUUUAUAGUUAAGUUUAUCUUGUGAUAUUUAUUCAUGUGUUCAUGAAUAUUCUUUGAUAGUAAAAUUUAUAUUUGUGUCAUCUUCAGCGUGUUCAAAUGGACCCGUUUUAAGGGCAAAUGAUAUGGCGAUAUUGAAAUUAAAGAGUUUUGAAAGAAGAAGAUCAAAGGAUGGCACACAGAAAAUGGAGUUUGUUAACUAGCCUCGCUGCUAUUCUUGGCGAAAUCAUCGGUACUAUUGUCAUUGUCAAUUUCAUCUUCGUCCAAAAUGAUCCAUCCAAGUAAAAAUACUAGAUAUAUGAUUCUCUGAUUUAAGGUUGUGAUGUUUGCUCCACCUUUUUCGCAAGAUUGUAUGCAAAUAAUUUUAGUAAAUAUAACAAGCUUUCUGAAUCUAAACAAAUAGUGAAAUAUUGUUCAGAAAAGCAAGAAGUAUUCUUUGGACAGAAGAAAAAACAGAAAAGUUAUUGUUCUUUGGAAAUAAAAACCAAUUGAACAAGCUGAACAAUUUUUAUGUUUA